AAUACAAACACAUUAUUAAAUUUUGUAUGAGGUUAAUUUAUAAGCUUUACAUAACACAAUACAAAAAAUAAAAAAUGGUUUUCAAAUCAAUUACAUUAUUUGCUCGCAGUAGAGGCCCUGAUGAAUUCUGGCGGAAAAGAAAAAUCUUCAAACUUGCAGCGCAUUACAGGGGUAGAAGACGUAAUUGUUACAGUGUAACGAUUCGAAAUGUCCACCGUGCUUUGGUUUAUGCAACAAAAGGUCGUAAACUCAAAAAGGAAGAUAUGAAAGAAUUGUGGACUACCCGAGUACAAGCCGCUUGCCAACAGCACAACUUGACAUUCGAGACAUUUAAAAAUGCUUUACAAAAGUGCAAUAUUGUAUUGAACAAUAAGGUUCUUAGUGAACUGGCUGUUUGGGAACCAAGAUCCUUUAAGUCAUUAACUGAUAUUGCCUACCAAAGAGCUGUAAACGAUGGAUUCAAUAGUAUUAAUGAUUUAGGUACUAAGAAUAAUGGAAUUAUUACACGAGGGAUGCUCAAAUCGAAAAUUAGUAGCGAUUAAUGUUAUUUUUAAAAUCAAAUACUUAUUAUAUACUAGUUCU